AUGUCAACCCUAUCCGGCUUUACCUGGCCCAACCACGCCAAGACUAAGCGUAGCUCACCGUCCUCGCCAAUCCUCAUUCCCGACCACCGUCCCCUUAUCAUCGGUCUUGCUGUCGCUGGUGCAGCGACGAGUAUAGUCGUAAUCUACACAGUCUUCUUCUUUAUUCUCAAAUGGCGCAAAUCUCGUGCGGCUAAACAAAGCAAGGAUAUCGAAUCUGAAGGUAAGAUCGAGCUCCAAGACAAUGACCCCUCACCGUAUGUCGGCGACGGCCACCAGGGUGGGGAUCUAGGCGAUAGUCGCAGUGCGCGCGUAUCUUCAGAACUGCUUGUGCAAUAUAGUGGUGUGAGGAAGGAGAAUGGGAAGCUGGAUUUUGUGGAAGUCGACUUGGGUGAGGAGAAGAGCAAGGAGUGA